AUGGACUCCGCGGCUACUAGCCCAAGUUCCAAGUUGGAGAAGUUGGGGACUUUCUGCUUCUUCUGUGUCGGCAGGCCUGCAGGCCCUCUAAAUUCGCCAUCUAGAUCUGACACCGCGAGUGACAACAGGACGAAGUCCGAUCUAAGCGAGCUAAUUACUGUGAGUGUUUUCAGCCCGUUGUCUACGCUGCCCGUCUCGGAGAUCGAGGAAGUGAAGCACCCAGCGACUUACUCCGGAAACGUCCCUUUGUCAACCCAUCUGAUCACCACCACCAUGAGACAUGCUGAGCUCACACUACCAGAUGGCGACGUUCUCAUCCACCCCGGCGAUUUCACCGACAGCGGCGAGGAGUUGGAAAAGGUUGUGAUUGCAGGCAACCACGAACGGACCUUUGACAUCCCCUACUAUUGCGAGCAGGAUCGUCGGCGCCGGCUCGACGAGGGUCUGGAUGUGUAUGCGCGUCGCGUCAAAGCCAUCUUGGACAAUGAGAGACUGAGGAGCGAGCACGGUAUCGUGUACCUAGAGGACGCAAAGUUCUCUCUUCCGGACCCUGCUGGCGGUGAAAUAACCGUUUGGGGCCACCCUUGGCAGCCAGCUUACGCUAAUUUCGCAUUCAACCUUCCUCGGGAUGGACCAGAAUUGCGAGAAGUGGUGAGGAACAUUCCGGCGGAGAUUGAUAUCCUUGUCACCCAUGGACCCCCGUUUGGGAUGUUGGACGUGGCAUUCCGCGGGAAAUCGUUCGGCUGCUCCUUCCUUGCGGAACGCUUACUUGCUCCGACAUUGAUGGAGCGCCUGCAAAACUGGUUCUUUGCUGAUGCAGGCCGGGAGACGCUUCCCACAUGUGACGCUCAGGUCCAUGUCUUCGGUCACAUUCACUCUGGCUACGGCACCAAGAUGUUCCAACGGACAUCGCUUUAUCAAUGCAAGCCUUUGCGCAGAAAGAGGCAAGGCCUUGAAUGCCCCAAUCAUCUUUGA